UUUUUUUUUUCCUGGUUCUCAGCAAGAUGACACUAAGAUUCUCCUCUAAAUCUCUGUGAAGUGUCUGAAUAUUUGUUCUGUUUCCAUCACAUAGAUAUCAUAGUAUUUGUAUUCAUAUUCUCUGUUCAAUGAUUUCAGGACUUUGAUUUCUGCUGUUUUUCGCUCAAAGUGAAAGAUUUGCAGCAUCUUAAAGACAAGAAAAUACAGAAUGGAAGAAGGUCCAUGGACCAGUUUCUGUGGAAGUUCUGCGUGUUCACACGAACACAACUGCACAUCAGGCUUUGCUGCAAUUUUCAAUUCACAUUCAUGCCCCAACCAUGUUUUGGUCAUUGCUUUUGAUAUCAUUGUCUUUCUCAUCUGUUUGUUUACUGUCAUCUACAAAUCAAACUCAAAAAAGGUCGUAGCCUCGCCCCAUUCCCUUCACUGUUUGCCAAUUUCCUCAGCCAUUUUCAAUGGCGGGUUAGGCUUUGCUUACUUGGGUUUCGGGGUUUGGACAAUUCAAGAGAAAUUGAGAUCAGAAUAUAGUUUAAUACCUCUUCAUCAAUGGCUAGUGGUGUUGUUUCAGGGCUUUACAUGGUUGUUGCUGAGUCUAAUUGUGAGCCUCAAUACGCAACAGAGUCGACAUAUCGUAACAGUAAAGCUUUGUUCUGUACUUGCCUUGUUGUUUUCAGUGUUUCUAUGCAUUCCAUCUGUUUGGGAAGCCAUUGAGGAGAGAGUAGCAUCGGUUAAGACUGUGCUAGAUAUCAUGACCUUUCCCGUAGCAAUUCUAAUGAUCUUUUGUGCUUUUCGAGCUCAAAAAAAUGAGGGGAUUGAGCCCAACACCAAGUUUGAUUCACUCUAUGAACCUUUACAAUCUAAAGAAGCUAAUAAGGAUGGUGAAAUCAACACAGAUGAGUCAGAUGACGAUGUAACUCCUUUCGCCAAGGCUGGAUUUUUAAGCAAAAUGUCAUUUUGGUGGUUGAAUCCAUUACUAAAGAAAGGCAAGGCGAAAGUUCUCGAGGACAAAGAUAUUCCAAAGCUACGUGAAGUUGAUCGAGCAGAGACCUGUUACUUGACGUUUAUGGAGGAGCUAAGGAAGCGAAAAGAGAAAGGAACGGCACAGAACCCUCCUUUUCUGUCGACAAUCUUUUUCUGCCAGAGGAGAGCUCUUUUGAUAUCCGGGUUUUUUGCGUUGCUCAAAGUACUCACACUGUCUACAGGACCGGUGCUUUUGAAAGCUUUUAUCGAUGUUGCACAAGGCAAAGAAGCGUUUAAAUAUGAGGGAUAUGCGCUUACCUUGGGGCUUUUCCUUGCAAAAUGCUUGGAAUCAGUGUCGGAGAGACAAUGGUACUUCCAAACUAGACUAAUUGGGCUGCAAGUAAGAUCUUUGCUAUCUGCAGCAAUCUAUGAGAAGCAACUCCGACUUUCAAAUGCUGCGAAGACCACUCACUCUCCGGGGGAGAUAACAAAUUAUGUCACGGUUGAUGCGUAUAGAAUAGGGGAAUUUCCAUACUGGUUUCAUCAGAUAUGGACAACGAGCCUUCAGAUAUGCCUCGCGUUUAUUAUCAUGUACUAUUCUGUGGGGUUAGCAACUAUUGCGGCGGUGGUAGUGAUCAUUGUGACUGUUUUUGGAAAUUACCCGGUGGCCAAAUUACAGCACGAACACCUGACAAAGCUCAUGGCAGCACAAGACAAGAGGCUAAAGGCAAUCACCGAGGCACUCGGAAACAUGAAGGUUUUGAAGUUGUAUGCUUGGGAGACGCAUUUCAAGAGCGUUAUAGCAAGGCUAAGGAAUGAUGAAUCAAGCUAUUUAGCGGCUGUUCUGUCACAAAGAGGGUACCAUUUGGUUCUGUUUUGGUCGUCCCCAACCAUAGUUUCAGCUAUUACUUUCUGGACUUGUUACUUUCUUGGAAUUCCUCUCAAUGUUAGCAAUGUUUUUACGUUUCUUGCAACGCUGCGAAUCCUUCAGGAGCCCAUCAGGUUGAUCCCUGAUAUUGGGGCAGUGUUUAUUGAGGGAAAAGUUUCGUUCACUCGAAUAGUGAAAUUUCUCGAGGCACCUGAGUUGCAGGAUAGGCAUAUGAAGCAAAAGCACGAUGCAAAGGGACACGAGAAAUCUAUAUUUAUCAAUUCCUCUAGGAUUUCAUGGGAUGCUAGUUCUUUAAAGCCUACUCUAACCGACAUAAAUUUGGCGGUUAAACCUGGUGAGAAGAUAGCUGUAUGUGGAGAGGUUGGCUCGGGUAAAUCAACCUUUAUAGCGACAAUUCUUGGAGAAAUUUCAAACAUCAAUGGCAUAGUUCAAGUACAUGGAAAGAUUGCCUAUGUUGCUCAAACAGCAUGGAUCCAAACAGGAACCAUACAAGAAAACAUUCUCUUUGGGUCCAACAUGGAUUUCCAUAGAUACCAAGAAGUACUUGAAAAGUGUUCCCUAAUAAAGGACCUCGAGAUGCUUCCAUUUGGCGAUUGCACCAUAAUAGGAGAACGGGGCGUUAAUCUCAGUGGUGGGCAGAAGCAACGCAUUCAACUUGCACGUGCACUAUAUCAAGACGCAGAUGUUUAUCUCUUGGAUGAUCCAUUCAGUGCUGUUGAUGCACAUACUGCAACCAGUUUAUUUAAUGAAUAUGUCAUGGAAGCUCUAGCAGGGAAGACUGUCUUGCUUGUGACACACCAAGUCGACUUCCUACCAGCAUUUGAUACUAUCUUGUUAAUGUCGGAUGGAAAGAUCGUGGAAGCAGCUACCUAUGAUCAGUUGCUAACUUCUAGUCAACAAUUUCAAAUCCUUGUCAACGCUCACAAAGACACUGCCGGUUCUGAGAUGCAAACCGAGUACUCUUCUCAAAGGCCUAAAACCUCCAAAGAAGAAAUCCAGAAAAUUUAUACCAAGGAACAGCUAAAAGAAUCGUUAGGAGACCAGCUGGUUAAGAAAGAAGAAAGAGAAACAGGCGAUGCCGGUUUCAAGCCUUACAUACAGUAUCUGAAUAAGAGCAAUGGCUUCUUGUACCUCUCUCUGGCUGUUAUCAUUCAGAUUAUCUACAUAAUUGGGCAAUUUGUACAGAGUCUCUGGUUGGCUGCCGACGUACAAGACUAUAGUGUCAGCAGAUUGGAAUUGAUCUUAGUUUACACUUUGAUUGGGUGUGGAAUGUCGAUCUUCUUGAUCGUUAGAUCUUAUUUUGUAGUUGUUUUAGGCCUUAAAACUUCAAAAUCUAUUUUUUCCAAGUUAAUGACAUCUCUUUUCCGAGCUCCAAUGUCCUUCUACGAUUCAACGCCAUUGGGAAGAAUUCUCAGCCGGGUAUCGUCGGAUCUGAAUAUGGUGGACCUUGAAUUGGCAUUCAAGUUCAGUGUGAGCAUAGGGACAACGAUGAACACAUAUUUUAGCUUCUGCGUUUUGGCUAUCAUCACCUGGCCAAUCUUGAUUGUCAUCAUACCCAUGGUUUAUGUUACCAUACUCCUACAGAGAUUCUACUUUGUUUCUGCAAAGGAGUUGAUGCGAAUCGUUGGCACAACUAAGUCUUCACUUGCAAGCCAUCUUGGUGAAUCCAUUGCUGGAGUAGUGACUGUUAGAGCUUUUGGAGAGGAAGAUCGAUUCUUUUCAGAGAACUUGCGCCUUAUUGAUGCAAACGCGAGUGCAUUCUUCCACAAUUUUUCAGCAAAUGAGUGGUUGAUCCAACGCCUAGAAAUCCUGUGUUCAAUUGUCCUCUCCUGCUCUGCGCUUGCCUUGACUUUGUUCCCACUCGAAGCUUCUAAAUCAGGAUAUAUUGGAAUGGCUCUAUCAUAUGGUCUUUCGCUGAACUUGUUCGUAGUUGCUUCUGUCCAAAGCCAGUGCAUGAUAUCGAAUUUGAUUAUUUCUGUAGAAAGGCUAGAACAGUACUUGCAUAUUCCUAGCGAAGCCCCUGAAAUAAUAGAAAGCAAUCGACCUGCAUUGACCUGGCCAGAAGUUGGUAAAGUGGAGAUCUGUAAUUUGAAGGUUAGGUAUCGGCCUAAUGCUCCUCUGGUGCUUCGAGGGGUCAGUUGCGUGUUCGAAGGAGGGCACAAAAUUGGGAUUGUUGGAAGAACCGGUAGUGGGAAGACGACUCUGAUCAGUGCCUUGUUUCGCUUGGUGGAGCCUACGGAGGGAAUGAUCAUUAUUGAUGAUCUAGAUAUAAGUACGAUCGGGCUUCAUGACCUUAGAUCACACUUUGGGGUCAUUCCACAAGAUCCAACUCUCUUUUGUGGGUCUGUGAGAUUCAAUCUAGACCCCUUAUCAGAACACACUGAUCAGGAAAUAUGGGAGGUUCUUGAAAAAUGUCAGCUUCGAGAGGCAGUUCAAGAGAAAGCAGAGGGCUUGAACUCUUUAGUUGUGCAAGACGGAUCAAAUUGGAGCAUGGGACAGCGACAGUUAUUUUGUUUGGGACGAGCGUUACUGAAGAGAAGGAAGAUACUGGUUCUUGAUGAAGCCACUGCAUCAAUCGACAAUGCAACCGACUCCAUCAUACAGAAAACCAUUCGGACAGAAUUUGCAGACUGCACUGUCAUCACAGUAGCCCACAGAAUUCCAACUGUGAUGGACUGCACAAUGGUGCUUGCUGUUAAAGACGGGCAAUUGGUGGAGUAUGAUGAGCCGAUGAAGCUCAUGAGUAAAGAGGGUUCGCUGUUUGGGCAGCUGGUUAAGGAAUACUGGUCUCAUUCUGGA